AUAAACUGAAUUAUUAUUGUCAUCAACUGUCAUCCAUACAUACAAAAUUUAGUGAAAAUGAUUGAAAAUUGAGAACAUCUCUCAUGCUGUUAUUAAUAACUGAAAUGCAGUUGGUAGUCCUGAUGUUAGUGUUUUACACCUUUUCUCAACACAGACAUGAGGAACAGGAUGUAACGUUAAAUGUUCAGUGACUGAAGGUCUUGAGAUGACUACCUUCUUCCAUAAGCGCCCUUUCAGAAAAGAAGAGAUUUGCACUGCGUGGAAGCUGGGUUCAGCGCAAAAGUUCAACUACUCUGACCGCGGCGUGCGCACAAACUGCCGUGCAUGGCGCGGCACAAUCCAUUGAAAAUAAUGGGUUUCGUAGCGCAGCGGUGCUGUCGUUGGGGUGGGUCUGAAAGGUUACAUGCUGCUUUGUUUGUUUAUGUUGCACUGAAAGCUGGACUCUCACCGCUGUGGCAUCGAUUGUAAGUGACACGUUUAUAUUUAAUUCCCUACCAACUUGCCACGUUAUUUAACUCAGUUUUUAUAUAUUAUCUUUAGCCUACUUGGGCGUGCAAAGGUGGAUGGUGAUCCCGCAGGUGCUGCAUCAAAUUUGAUGUAGUUAUUCGCAAGUAUUUGAACAGGUGAUCCGUCAUCUUCAGUAUCAGUAUAAAUAAAGCUUCAGAGUUUGGUCCCUCUGCCAUAGUUAAGCCAGUACUGUAUUACCCUCCGUGACUCUGACAAGCUCGGCACUUUUAACAUCUUCUGUCAUCUGAAAAGUUGGAGGUGUCUGGGACAGGACAGCUCUCUUGGAGAGGUAGGCUAAGGUAAAUGUUGUGUGUGUUAUCAGUGGCGUUUUCUCCCAGAAGCCAAGGGAAGCCAGGCUUCCCCUGUUUUCAUCAGACUCUAUUUAUCAUUUCAAUAAAAAAAAACAUGUUUAUAGUUUCGAUAAAUCUUAUAAGCUGUUGCGGUCACCUCUUCCCCAUUUCUGACUAUCUAACAAUAAGUGAAACAGCGCCCCUCUAAAUGUAAUGCGUUGGAUGUGUGGUGAAACACUAUAUUGCACCACCGUAGACAGGCCUUCAGUCUGACUACGCGAGGAGGCCAGGCAGAGUUGGCAUCCCUUUGUGAAAAAAAAUUAAAUGAUUAACCAAUCAAAUCACAGCAUGCAUCAACGGGAGCUGUUAGCAUCUUUAGCUGGUGCAGUUAUGGAGGGUGGAAAUUUGGAGUUUUUAGCUAUAAUAAAUAGUUUUACUAAACUACCACUACAUCAGCAAUUUAAGAUUAAAUCUGAUGGAAGACCAACGCCAAAACUGGAGCUGGGCGUGGAGAGAAAAAAGGGGUUUUGGACGUUCAAUGAGGAAAACUAUAUUCGUACAGUGUGGCUAAGUUAGCUAGUAGCGCCAAACUUCAACUGACUGCUGCGGAGGACGAAAAGCCAGUGGGAAAUUCUAUAACUUGGUUAUUGACCACUUCGCCACCAUGACAGACAGGAGAAUUUUCAAAUAGGGUGAGUGAAAUGUCACCUCCUUCUCUCUCUGAACUUAACUGAACUGCAGCUAUUCGUGCAAUUUUUAAUUUGGUUAUAUUGUUUGUUUUGCUUUGCUUGCCUGGAUUUAGCUGCUUAAUGAAUAGUCAGUUGAAGUAACCUUAUUGUUUUUAUUGUGGUUGUGUACGCAUAGAUAAUGAGCACCACAGACAGCACCUGCCACAGGGCACUGGGCCAGGUUAGGCUACCUGAAUAAUUGUCUAUACUCUGUUGGUCGGGUACUCGGUUGUUAGUCUUCAGUGAUGUUGUGUUAUGAAUAUUUUGCCAAGCAUUAAGAAGUAUGUAGGCCUAUUUGAUACAUGCACCACUGCUACUAUGCAAAUGUCUUCAAUCGUCUUCUGAUUGAGCUUGUGAAUGCUUCUUUUAUUCUUAACCUGCACCAUAAGCAGCAGGCUAUGUAUGCUAUUUGGGGUGAGAGAGAGUGAGUGAGUGAGUGAGAGAGAGAGAGAGAGAGAGAGAGAGAGAGAGAGUACAUCUCUGUAAAUGCAACUUUCAGCGUGUGUAUUGAUAACAGAUAGUGCUCAUUUAAAGUUUUAUUAAAUUUUUGUAAAAUUAUACCCUGCACUGUAAUAGCAUAAUGCAUUAGAUAAUUGCCCUCCAAAAAGGACAUCCCCUCUCAUGUGGCUUCCCCAAAAAUUUACUCCACCCCAUGCCACUGCGUGUUAUAGGGGAGUAAGAGCUUAACCUCUAUCAAACACAGACUGUUAAAAUGACAUGCUUUUUAAAAAAAUGUACAAUGUUAUUGGGUGAUUGUUGCCACUCAUGCUAUCAGAAACAGUUUGAUGGUAUAUAAUAAGGAUAGUGCUUCUCAAUUGGUGAUAGUAACUCAUAAGCUGCUAAACAAGAUGAUUGGCCUAAAGUUUCUGAGUGCAGUGAUCCAAUAACACAGAGUAUUCAUAUAUAAAUUGAUAUUACCUUGAUUUGUAGGAAGUGCUGUGAUGAUGUAGCAUUGGUUUGGGUAGUUAAUGAUACAGUGCUUGUAUCCAUGAAAAGGUCAUGUAUACUGUCAGGAGAAAACGAUUGAACUGUGAUUGGCUGUCCAUACACAGUCCAGCUAAAAGGCUCCAUUCAGCGGAUGACACGAGAAAGUCCAGUCAAAGAAAGCCUUUAUUUGCAGAGUGGGAACAGUUGCUGUCACAACCCAGCUGUGCUAGUGUUGGCAACACUAGCUGACAAUGUUCUCUGUAAACUCUGUGUGACAAUGAUUAAAUAUUUUGUCUCAAAUCAGGUGUGUGACAUGAGGGACUAGUUGUGUAUUAAUAUUUUGAGCUAUGCUGCAAAGCUAGAAAACAGCAUCACAGCCAGCGACCCUGUGGCAGUGUGGAGAGGCCUGCAGACACUCGCUAACUACAGGAGACCCCAACACUGCUGGUACUCAACAACUGGCUGACAAGCUGAAAGGUUUCUACUGGAACAAUGGGCCUCCUGCAGCUCCUGAAAUCCCAGUUUUUGAGUCACCUGAUCAUCUGCUAUGUGUUCCUGGCCAGUGGCCUCAUUAUCAACCUGUUGCAGCUCUGUACUUUACCUCUGUGGCUGGUCAGUAAGCAACUGGCCCGCAGGAUCAACAUCAGACUGGGCUACUGCAUAACUAGCCAGAUGGUAGCUGCCCUGGAGUGGUGGUCUGGGACAGAAUGUACACUCUACACAGACCCAAAGAGUUAUCCGCUGAUUGGAAAUGAGAAUGCAAUUGUGGUUCUCAACCACAGUUUUGAUAUAGACUUCCUGUGUGGCUGGACCAUCUGUGAGAGAUUCGGAGUUCUUGGGAGCUCCAAAGCAUUGGCCAAAAAAGAGUUGAGUUAUGUACCUGUUAUUGGCUGGAUGUGGUACUUUUUGGAGAUAGUCUUCUGCAAGAGGAAGUGGGAGGAGGACCGAAGGACAGUUGCUAAGAGUGUUCAGAACCUGCGGGAUUACCCAGAAAACUACGUGUUCUUGCUUUACUGUGAAGGGACACGCUUCACACCAAAGAAGCACCAGGUCAGCAUGCAGGUGGCUGACAGCAAAGGUUUACCCAAACUGAAGUAUCAUCUUCUACCCAGGACCAAAGGAUUCUGUGUAACUGUCCAAAACCUCAGAGGAACUGUUGCAGCUGUGUAUGAUUCCACACUGAACUUCAGAAACAACAAAAUGCCAACCUUGCUUGGAAUCCUUAAUGGGAAGAAAUAUCACGCAGACAUUUAUUUGAGGAGAAUCCCUCUAGAGUUGAUCCCAGAAGAUGAAGCAGAGUGUGCUGCAUGGCUUCACAAACUCUACCAGGAAAAGGAUAGCUUUCAGGAGCUGUACACACAGACAGGGCGUUUCCCUGGCCCCAUAGUGAGUCUUCCUUGUCGACCCUGGGCUUUGAUCAACUGGCUGUUCUGGGCCUGCUUGGUCCUCUACCCACUGGGCCUGCUUCUCGCUCAGCUGAUCAGCUCUGGAUCGAUGGUGACCAUCCUUGUGUCUGUGACUCUGUGCACUGCAGCUUCACUGGCAGUUCGCUGGAUGAUUGGACAGACAGAAAUUGACAGCGGCUCAAGCUAUGGGACUGAGGAGGUUCCUCUAAACAAUAACUAAAGACUCCUGGCCUGCUCAGAGCUGCUUCUUUGCAUCUGCAAAUUUAACGGCAGAAGAAUGUAAACAUCAGUCUGACAGGAUAUGCUGAUACCACUACAAACUUGAGUCUAAGCACAAUGAAGACAUGGUAGCAUCGUUUUAAUGCUAUGCUUCAAAAGACAAUGUAAGAUCAUGGAAAGUGGACCAGCUGCCUUUGGAAAAGUUAUGAUUAGAAUGUCAGGCAAGAUAAAAUAAUGCUUUACUACACUCUCCUCAAAUCAGAGUGCAAAUAUUUGAAUACAGUCAAGACAAACAUUUUCACCAGCAAGUGUUUUUCCAUAACUUUAAAAUCAAAACUGCUCCACCAAAUUAAAAUUUGCUCAAAGAUUGUACUCAAACCUCUUGAGAAACUCGCAGACUCAAUCAGCUUAGCAUCAUAAAAUAUGAAAGCUGGCCAACAACAUUGUCUCUGACCCCAACCAUCCAAAUGCAUGCAAGUUAGCCUCAAGAAUGUUUCUAGCAGUAUUGUAGAAGGCGCGACAACAAGCCUGACAACAUUUAAAUAUGUAUUGAAGCAAAAUAAGCCAUGGAGUCUAGUUUAUGUAUCGGAAGGAUUACCACGAGUAACUUCAACAGUAACAAACAGUAAACAAACGACAUGCAAGCACACAAACACAACAUCCAAAACACAACAGAGUAGAAAACUAGCGAGAGUUAUUUGAAACAGUUUUUUACAAAAAUACAGUGACUGAUGAGAGGACAAUACGUCACAUUCAGAGCUAACAAGGAACAUAACGUCUCCCAUAAUAUUAGGUUACCUAGUAUAGCAUUUGGUAUUAUGAAUCAACCCAAAUUAUCCCAUUGUCCUAGCAACACUUGUAUUUUAAGGUCUUCAUUGCCAUAAAUCCCUUUACAAAUGCUUUACAGACAAAUACUAUCAUAUAAUGUUAGAACAGACAAACACACAGCAUGUAACGUUACUCUUAGCAACCCCCACCUUACUCCUGUUCGCGAGCACACCACCUGUUGCUGAUUGGCUGGAACAAUGUUGUGGGGAUUGCUCCCCCACUUUUUGUGUUCUAUUUACAAAACAGAUAGCUAGCAAACAGUGAGGAAAUACUUGGUAAAUUCAAUAAUUUUUUUAUUGGAUUAAAAAAAUCCCUUUAAUAAGGUUACACCAGUCAAUCCUAAAAUUAAAUAUGGAACUUAAUCCCAGAUCACAUUGAAGGGCCUUGAAUAUUGUCUCCUGUGAUUGUAAUGUUUUGUUAAAUGUAUCUCUGUUUCUUGUCUUCAUUUUUGUCUUUUCUGUGAUGUUGCAAAAGGAGCUGCUGUGAUGCAAGAAAAAAAACAAUACAUUGUCAUCAUCAUCAUGAUCACACUGCAAUCUAAAUUCAACCAAGUGAAAAUGGACUACCUCUUUUAGUGUAGUGUAAAGCAUAAAUGGCAUUUUCAUGGUGGAAGAAAAUAAACAUUUCACUAUUUAAAAAAGCA